AAGAAGGGGGGAAAUUACAAUUACUCUUCUAGUUCUAUUAUUAAAAUGAAUCCAUUGCAUCAGUAGCAAGAAAUAGUGCUUCCAGUUCUGAUGCUCGCUUCCGAGCUAAAAGUCUUCUUGAACAGCUCUAUAAAUUUCAAGCAAGCUACUCAAAUUCAUGCCCACAUUCUCGUCAAUGGGCUUCCAAAUCUCGAGUCUUGCUUGGUCCGUCAAAUCACUCGUUCUGAGUUCACUUGCGCCAGAAUCGUAUCCCUUUAUCUCCAACAAAUUCUUCACCAUUCGCAAAACCCAGAUGCGUUCACAUGGGCCUGCGCCGUUCGAUUCUUUUCCCAGAAUGGCCAGUUCAUGGAAGCAAUCUCUCAUUAUGUUCAGAUGCAGAGAUUGGGACUGCAUCCGGGCACUUUUGCUGUAUCCUCGACUUUGAGAGCUUGCGGUAGGAUUAUGUGUAAGUUUGGUGGAAGCUAUGUUCACGCUCAGGUUUAUAAGUUUGGGUUUUGUCGCUGUGUUUACGUGCAAACUGCCCUUGUCGAUUUUUACUCAAAACUGGGUGAUAUGGGUUUUGCUCAGAAGGUGUUUGAUGAUAUGACUGAGAAAAAUGUGGUUUCGUGGAAUUCAAUCUUGUCUGGUUAUGUGAAAAUUGGGAACUUAGUUGACGCUCAGAAAGUGUUCGAUGAAAUGCCUCUGAAAGAUGUCAUAUCUUGGAAUUCCAUGUUGACAGGAUUCGCCAAUUCUGGAAAUAUGGAUCGAGCGUGGUGUUUAUUUCAACAAAUGGGGGAGAAAAGUUCGGCUUCUUGGAAUGCAAUGAUCAGUGGCUACGUGAACUGUGGAGACAUAAAGUCUGCUAGAAACCUGUUUGAUGUAAUGCCUAACAGAAAUAAUGUUUCGUGGAUUACAUUGAUUGCUGGGUAUUCGAAGCUUGGGGAGGUUAAUUCUGCUUAUGAGCUCUUUGAUAAGAUGGGUGAGAAGGAGCUUCUCUCAUUUAACGCAAUGAUUGCUUGCUAUUCACAAAAUAGUCUGCCUAACAAAGCAUUGGAGUUAUUCAACCAAAUGCUUCAACCCGAUGUGAACAUCCAACCCGAUGAGAUGACUUUUGCUAGCAUUAUAUCUGCUUGUACUCAGCUGGGAAAUCUGAAUUGUGGUACUUGGAUUGAGUCGUAUAUGGAAAAACUUGGGAUUGAGUUGGAUGAUCAUUUGGCGACUGCAUUAGUAGAUCUAUAUGCAAAAUCCGGGAACAUUGAGAGGGCGUUUGAGCUGUUCAAUGGUCUGAAAAAGAGGGAUUUAAUCGCUUAUUCAGCUAUGAUCUUUGGAUGUGGGAUAAAUGGUAAGAUAGCGGCUCAAAAUAGCUUGAAGUCGGUGACCGAUACAACCGGAUAUCGGUCUCUUCUAGCCAACAUUUACUCUUCUAUGGAGAGGUGGGAUGAUGCUAAGAGGCUGAGAAAAGCCAUGGGAAAUAAAGUAUUUGUCAAGAUAUCUGGGUGUAGUUGGAUGGAGCAAUCUGAAAGCUGA